AUGCGUGCUCAAAGAACGAUUCAUGUCGUCGGUGUGCAUGCCGCUGGUGAAGUCGGCGAUGUUAUCGUCGGUGGGGUCCUGGAUGUCCCUGGGAAAACUAUGUUUGACAAAAUGAUGUACUUUUGGGAGAAUGCAGACGAGAUCCGACAGCUGAUGCUGAAUGAACCGCGUGGUAGGCCCUCCAAGAACGUGAACCUUGUUCUACCUCCUUGCGACCCCCGAGCCGAUGCAGGGUUCAUAAUCAUGGAGAGCGAGGAGUACCCCCCGAUGUCCGGAUCUAACACUAUUUGCACCACGACGGUUUUGCUGGAAACUGGCAUGGUUCAAAUGCAGGAACCAACCACAACGUUGAAUUUAGACACUGCGGCUGGCUUGGUCUGUGUUACUGCAGAAUGCGAAACAGGGAAAUGUAAAACAGUUGCCUUUGACAACGUGCCUGCCUUUGUGUUCCAGCUUGACUUGGAAGUUGAGAUUCCCGGCAUCGGCAAUGUUCUGUGUGAUAUCGUCUGGGGUGGGAUGAUGUAUGCAAUCCUCGAUAUCAGCCAGAUAGGCCUGACCAUCAACUCCGCCGAUGGAGAGCGAUUAGUCCAGUAUGGCGAAAGGAUCAAACGCGCUGUACAACAAUCCAUUCACCCCGUGCAUCCGGAGAAUUCGGGCAUCAAUGGCGUGACUAACUUGGUAUUCACGGAGCCAUUACAGGACGAGCCCUCUGGAAAAACAGCGCGCAACGCCACUGUUGUAUCUCCGGGGCGCCUCGACCGGAGCCCCUGUGGAACCGGUACAUGCGCCCGGAUGGCCCAGCUGCAUGCUCGAAACCAGCUUUCGGUCGGAGAGGCUUUCCGCCAUUUCAGUCCCAUUGGGACUGAAUUCAUUGGCACAAUCCGUGGAACUACGAAGGUCGGAGAUUAUGAUGCAGUUCUACCGACUGUUAAAGGAAGUGCUUGGAUCACCGGUUUCCAGCAAGUCAUUCUUGAUCCAAGUGAUCCGUUUCCAAACGGAUUUCGAGUUGGCGAUUCGUGGCAUGUGUCGAGAUAG